GGCGGCGCAAGCGCAGGAGAGGCGGCGUCCAGGGCAAGUCUCCCUAAUGUAAGAUGGUGGCCGGGCUGGCAGCGGAGCGCCCCGAGCUCGGAGAUUCCCCGUCUCUCGCCUAAAGGUCGUCGGAGCAGCCGCCCGAGCGCCCGGCCGGCCCGCCGCUACAGGUCCCGCCCCGGGAGCGCUGCUGCGGUUUCUUCCCCGCGUUUCUCCUCGCCUCCUCUCGCCUUCCCUCCCCACCCUUCUCCUCCUCCUCCUUCUCCCCUCUCCUCCUUCCCCGCACGCUCACCCACUGCCCGCCCCCGCCGGCCCGGCAGCCGCCGCCGCCGGGCAGCGCCGCGCAGGGAGAGCCGCGCACACGCUCCGCGGGCCGGGCAGGGACGAGGAAGGCGGCCCCUCAAGUGCUGACCUUCUUUGUCUAUUAAGUUAUUAUAAACUUUUGCUGCUCUGCGAACACAAAGAUGUCUCGCAGCCCUGAUGCUAAGGAAGACCCUGUGGAAUGCCCCCUUUGCAUGGAGCCUCUGGAGAUUGAUGACAUCAACUUCUUUCCUUGCACCUGUGGCUACCAAAUCUGUAGAUUCUGUUGGCAUCGUAUCCGCACUGAUGAGAAUGGACUUUGUCCUGCUUGCAGAAAGCCAUAUCCAGAAGAUCCAGCAGUGUACAAACCACUCUCCCAGGAAGAGCUGCAAAGGAUAAAAAACGAAAAGAAACAGAAACAAAAUGAGAGAAAACAGAAGAUAUCAGAGAAUCGCAAACAUUUGGCCAGUGUACGGGUUGUACAGAAGAAUCUUGUCUUCGUGGUAGGGUUAUCUCAGCGCCUAGCAGACCCAGAGGUUUUGAAACGACCAGAAUAUUUUGGGAAGUUUGGUAAAAUACAUAAAGUUGUAAUUAAUAACAGCACAUCAUAUGCAGGCUCACAGGGUCCAAGUGCCAGUGCAUAUGUAACCUACAUCCGGUCAGAAGAUGCUCUCAGAGCCAUACAGUGUGUCAAUAAUGUGGUGGUAGACGGCAGAACACUUAAGGCAUCACUAGGUACAACAAAAUACUGCAGUUAUUUUCUAAAAAAUAUGCAGUGUCCAAAGCCAGACUGUAUGUAUCUACACGAGCUAGGAGAUGAAGCAGCCAGUUUCACAAAAGAAGAAAUGCAGGCGGGUAAGCACCAAGAAUAUGAACAGAAACUACUGCAAGAACUAUACAAACUAAACCCCAACUUUCUUCAAUUAUCUACGGGUACAGUUGACAAGAACAAGAACAAAGUGACAGCACUGCAGAGGUACGAUGCCCCUAUCGACAAACCUUCAGAUUCCCUCAGUAUAGGAAAUGGUGACAGCUCCCAGCAGAUAACAAAUAGUGACACACCUUCACCGCCGCCUGGUUUAACAAAACCCAAUCCAGCCAUACCCAUCAGUUCAUCUAACCACAGUGCGCGGUCUCCUUUUGAAGGAGCUGUAACAGAAUCACAGUCGCUCUUCUCUGACAACUUCCGGCACCCUAACCCCAUCCCCAGUGGGCUUCCUCCAUUCCCCAGCUCUCCACAGACUUCAAAUGACUGGCCUACAGCACCAGAACCACAGAGCCUCUUCACAUCAGAAACUAUACCAGUAUCUUCCUCCACAGACUGGCAAGCGGCUUUUGGGUUUGGUUCCUCCAAACAGCAAGAGGACGACUUAGGGUUUGACCCCUUUGACGUCACCCGCAAAGCCUUAGCAGACCUGAUUGAGAAGGAACUGUCAGUUCAAGACCAACCUUCCCUCUCGCCCACAUCUCUUCAGAACCCUUCCCCACACACUACAGCUGCCAAAGGGCCAGGCUCUGGAUUUCUGCAUCCUGCUGCACCCGCAAAUGCCAACUCUCUCAGUAGCACCUUUCCAGUCAUGCCACAGAGGUUCCCACAGUUUCAACAACAUCGAGCAGUUUACAACUCCUUCAGUUUUCCAGGCCAAGCAGCUCGCUAUCCUUGGAUGGCCUUUCCACGCAAUAGCAUCAUGCACUUGAACCACACAGCAAAUCCCACCUCAAAUAGUAAUUUCUUGGACUUGAAUCUCCAACCACAACACAGCACAGGUCUGGGAGGGAUCCCUAUAUCAGACAACAGCAGUUCUGUAGAGAGUUUAAAUAUGAAGGAAUGGCAGGACGGGCUAAGGGCACUUCUACCGAACAUUAACAUCAGCUUUGGUGGACUGCCCAAUGCUUCCUCCCCCUCCAACGCCAACCACAGUGUACCAACGUCCAACACUGCCACCACCGACAGCCUGAAUUGGGACAGCUCUGGCAGCUGGAUGGACCCCGCAAUCAUCACAGGUAUCCCAGCCUCCACAGGAAACAGUUUAGACACCCUUCAAGAUGACAAUCCUCCACAUUGGCUAAAAUCUCUUCAGGCCCUCACAGAGGUGGACGGCCCCAGUGCAGCGCCGUCACAGACGCACCACAGUAAUCCCUUCGGCACACAGAUCCCUCUGCACAGAGCCAGUUGGAAUCCCUACUCUCCUCCUUCAAACCCAACCAGUUUCCAUUCCCCACCCCCAGGCUUUCAGACAGCCUUCAGACCCCCCAGUAAAACCCCCACAGAUCUACUACAGAGCUCAGCGCUGGAUCGUCAUUAGGAAAGGAGGAAAAAAAAACAAAAAAAAAAACAACGUUAGAAAUGCAGGAAGUGUCCCACCCCGACUCCUCCCCACACCCACCUACUGUUCCCUGUCAUAUCUUUCUUUCUGAAGAAUCCAGUUCCUGAUCAAACCUCCCCCCCCAAAUGCAAUGCCAUCACAGGGUCAUGGCCGGAUUCAUUAAGUUUCUGCUGAGCCGGUGUUUGAAAUGCACCGUUAGAAAUAAUUUCUAAACAUUCUAAGGAGAAAAAAAAAAAAAGAGAGAGAGAGAAAUCAAAAUGCAGUCUCAAUGCUUAAGGAGAAUAUUACUGUCUUAUGUUUUUUUGCACAUGAGUAUUCCUGCCUAGUGGAAAAGCGUCAGCCUACAAUAGGGGAAAAAUGCAAUGCAGAACCAAGUGCAGAAAUAUGAAAAAGGUAUUUAAUUUAAAUGAAGUUACUGAGCAUGUGGGGCAAGCAGUGGCCUACCAUUUAUUUUGCAUUCAGUGUGGCACUACACAGGGAAAUUGCUGUUUUUUUUUUUCUUUUCAGAAAAGAGGACUUUGUGUCACUCAGUGAGAGGUUUGACAUGAAGUGUGUUGAAAGCCAAAACACUUAUAGCGCUGAGUAAAUGGCAUGUUGCUGAAGAGUGGUUUAGAGACAGGAGAAUAAGAUUUAUUUUUUUUUUUUAAUUUUGGCUUUAGAUUUAAAGUAAACUUUAAUGUUUUAAAAGUAUUCACAGAUUUAAUACCUAGCAUAUACAUAAUAUAAUUAUAAGCAGCUGAAACACGAGUGAUAUUUACUUCAGUCUUUCUGUCUCCUCUGUCGGUCUCUCUUUCUUUUUUUUUUUUUUAAACAAAGAUUCACCUGAUUGGGGCACUCUGGGAUAGCACUGCAUUGGGGCCACAUGAUCACCAUCAGGAGCAACCUCUGACCUCCUCUGCCUGCAGCUUUUACUUAACCCUGUAGUUUCUGGACGUUUGUGCAGUAUUGAAAAGACAGGAAAAAGAAACAGAUAAACAUGGUUAUAACCUGACGCUAAAACUAAAACCAAGGAAAUGUACCUCUUUCUUCAGAAUUAAAACUAAAAUCUUAAAUAAAACAGAGAACUUGA